AAAUCAAAACCAAACAAAAACCUACGCGCAUGGGAGGCACGUGGAAGUACGUCCCUCAGGCCUGCCCCACGUCGUCAGCAUUAAUAUGCUGGCUUUCUCUCGCCGGAAAUAAAGGGCGAGAGCCUGAGGAAAACUGAAGGAAAGCUUAGGCCUUUCGAUUCUUUAGCGUCCAUCAAUGUCGAAUCUGCCGCAAUCCCUGUCAAUGAACGCUCCGUUCGGCGGUCCUGGGGCCUCGGCCGCGGCUGCAGCCGCUGCUGCAGCGGCGGCGGCAAACGCUGCCGGAGCUCAGGCGAACAAGGAUCGAAAAAUGGCGUCGGCCGAACACCUAGUCUACGAGCUCAGCAACCCCGAUCUCAGAGAGAACGCUCUACUCGAACUCUCUAAGAAGAGAGAAUUAUUUCAAGAUUUGGCACCAUUAUUAUGGAAUUCUUUUGGUACUAUUGCUGCACUCUUACAGGAGAUAGUGUCAAUAUACCCUGUUCUGUCGCCUCCAAACCUAACUCCAGCGCAAUCAAACCGUGUUUGCAAUGCUCUUGCCCUUCUUCAGUGUGUAGCUUCUCAUCCAGACACAAGAAUGUUGUUCCUCAAUGCCCAUAUACCUUUAUAUCUAUACCCUUUCCUCAAUACAACAAGCAAGUCGAGGCCUUUUGAGUACUUGAGGCUUACUAGCUUGGGUGUCAUUGGUGCUCUAGUGAAGGUUGAUGAUACAGAAGUUAUUAGUUUCCUUCUCUCAACAGAAAUUAUACCUUUAUGCCUGCGAACCAUGGAGAUGGGCAGUGAGUUGUCCAAAACAGUUGCUACAUUCAUAGUUCAGAAGAUUCUGUUAGAUGAUGUUGGUUUGGAUUAUAUUUGUACUACAGCAGAGCGAUUUUUUGCAGUAGGUCGGGUUUUGGGGAAUAUGGUUGCUGCACUUGCUGAACAACCCUCAUCAAGGUUGCUGAAACAUAUUAUUCGAUGUUAUCUUCGAUUGUCUGAUAAUCCAAGAGCUUGUGAUGCGUUGAGAAACUGCCUUCCAGAUAUGUUGAAGGAUGCCACCUUUAGUAGUUGCCUUCGUGAAGAUCCAACCACAAGGAGAUGGCUGCAACAGUUGCUUCACAACAUCCAGGGAAAUCGAGUUGCUGCCAUUCAGGCAGGGGGAGGAUUUGAUCAUAUGCUGGUGAACUGAGGCCUUUUCAUGUUCUUUAGUUGCCGAUCUAGGCGGCGAGGCCGGGUGGGUCAGGGUAGAGGUCUGGUAAUUUUAUUUUUUAUGUGGGUGUUUUAGUGCUUGGCAUUCCUAUAUACUUGUAAUAGCGCUUAUUAUUUAUUGUAUAAUUAUAUUUAGCAUUGUAAUCUUGAGUUCUUCAGCUGGAAAUUCUAAAGCUUGCCUUUGUUUUGUUUUGUUGGUAUUUGGUGAAUUUGUAUGUUGGGGAAAAUGGCGCAAUCCAUUUGUUUGUUUGGUUUUGAUGUACAUUGAGAAAAGAAUGGAUUGAAAAUAAAAUUAUAUAGUUUUGAGAUGUAA